CACUGCUGUCGGGGGGUUGGGGCGAGGAGGACUCGAAAAAUGUCGAGCGAUAAUACACACUGCUUGGAAACAUUCGUGGCAUUUAGUCGGGAGAUACCUCAACGGGGAAGACACUGAUAUAUUGCAAACGGAGUUUGUUUUUUUUUUUAAAAAAAAAGGUGACCUUCGCAUUGCCUGCAAACACGUCAGGAGGUGAAACUCUACCAACUGUCGGACUGCUCGUGCCAAGGCUUUUCUGUGUGACAAAACAAAGGGGUCCUACCCCGAAACUUAAAAUAUUAUUUUUUGCACGAAAAACCAUGUUUUUCUCCCCUUAGUUGAUUUCACAGCACAGCCGUUAGCUAUGAUUCACUUGUACGUACAUAGUAAUCCCACCUAAGCAGAAGCUGCGUUGAACUCGUUCUCCAGAAAACGCCGCGAGCCUCAUCCUAGUCUAGUAUGAGUUAUGACAUCUCUCAAUCAGCGGCCAGCGGCAACGCCCGGGGGCGAGUGCCAAGGGCUGCCGAGAAGGACAAUGGCCAGGGGGAUGACUCGAAAGGGGUGAACGCUGCGAAAAGCGCCAUCGCCAAUGUCCUCGCUCCGGAGCAGGGCGGUGGGUCCUCCCCCAGCGAAGGAUCCGGAGCCGGCGAUCGGAGGGGGCCCAAUUCGGACGACACGGACGGCCUCUCCAGCGGGAAUGACUCCGGCGAGAGGGAGACGGGUUCCCGCGGGCGGCAGUCCACGCGCAGCUCGCACAGUUCGUCCAAUGGCAAGGACUCGGGCAUGAUGAUGGAAACCACAGAGAGCCAAAAGAGCUCCAACUCGCAGAGCCUGUCUCCUCCAAGUGGCUCCCUGGCCUACAGCCUGCUGUCCACCAGCUCCGAACGUGACCCGCCCUCCACCUCUGGCUGCAGCAGCAAUCAGUCGGCGAGGCUCCAGACCCAGAAGGAGCUCAUGAAGGCCAUCAAGGAGCUCAAGCUCCGCUUGCCAUCUGAGCGCAAGUCCAAGGGCCACUCCAGCACUUUAACCGCACUCAAAUACGCCCUGCAGUGUGUCAGACAAGUCCGAGCCAACAAGGAAUACUAUCACCAGUGGAGUGUGGAAGAGUGCCACGGGUGUAGCCUGGACUUGUCCGCCUUCACAAUCGAGGAGCUGGACAACAUCACCUCGGAAUACACCCUGAAGAACACAGACACGUUCUCAAUGGCGGUAUCGUUCCUGUCUGGGAAGGUCGUGUACGUGUCACCUCAGGGAUCGUCAGUGUUGCGCUGCAAGCCAGAGUGUCUCCAGGGCACCAUGUUUUCGGAGCUUUUGGCUCCGCAAGACAUCAGCACGUUUUACAGCGGCACGGCGCCGUGCCGCCUGCCCCUGUGGGCCUCCUGCAUCGGAUCCACCUCGCCCGCUAUGGACUGCACUCAGGAGAAGUCCAUGUUCUGUAGAAUCAGAGCCGACCGGACGCAGCGCGGUGAGAUGCGCUAUUAUCCCUUUCGCCUGACGCCCUACCAGCUUACCAUCAGAGAUUCAGAUACUGCCGAGCCGCAGCCCUGUUGCCUGCUCAUCGCAGAACGGGUUCACUCUGGAUACGAAGCACCUCGAAUCCCUCCAGACAAGAGGAUCUUCACCACCAGUCACACUCCCAGCUGCCUCUUCCAAGAAGUAGACGAGAGGGCGGUGCCGUUGUUGGGAUAUCUGCCACAGGACUUGGUGGGAACCCCGACCCUGCUCUACAUCCACCCUGACGACAGGUCCACAAUGGUGGCCAUACACGAGAAGAUCUUUCAGUUUGCUGGGCAGCCGUUUGAGUAUUCACCAUUGAGAAUGUGCGCCCGGAACGGGGAAUACUUAACCAUCGACACCAGCUGGUCUUCCUUUGUCAACCCUUGGAGCCGCAAAGUGGCCUUCAUCGUAGGGCGCCACAAAGUCCGAACGAGCCCACUGAACGAGGAUGUGUUCACGGCGCAGGGCUGCGAGGGCCGCACCACCACGCCAGACGUUGUGCAGCUCAGCGAGCGGAUCCACCGUCUUCUGGUGCAGCCGGUGCACAGCGGCGGAUCUCAGGGUUACAGCUCGCUGGGUUCCAGCGGGUCACGGGGCUCGCACCACUCACACUUGCAGUAUCCCAGCGCCUCGGCCGCCUCCUCCAGUGACAGCAACGGACCCGCCAUGGACGACGCCGCAGUCGCAGUCACUUUACAUAAGCCUAUGACCUUCCAGCAGAUCUGCAAAGAUGUUCACAUGGUCAAGACAAACGGGCAGCAGGUUUUCAUCGAGUCUCGAAACAGGCUGCCGCCCAGAAAAAACACCAGCACAGUUGCCACAAGGAGCCUGAGAGCCAUCAACGGUGAGCCCAUUGGAGGCCUCGUCUCUGACAUGACCAAACCACUGACGGAUCUGGUGCCUGCACCGCUUGUACAGAAAGAGUCCCCACCUGGAUAUUCCUACCAGCAGAUCAACUGUUUAGACAGCAUCAUAAGGUACCUGGAGAGCUGUAACGUUCCUAAUACGGUCAAAAGGAAGCGUGGCUCCUCAUCCGGGGCAUCAGGUUCUGAUGAAGACAAACAGCAGCAGGAGGCCGGCGGAAACGCCAAAGUUGGCCGGGGAAGCGAACCCCCUCCCCUGCCCCCGCUGACGUUGGCCAUGAAGGCGGAGAGCGUGGCCUCCGUCACGUCCCAGUGUAGCUUCAGCAGCACCAUCGUGCACGUGGGAGACAAGAAGCCGCCCGAAUCAGACAUCGUGAUGGAAGAGGCCCCAACCACGCCAACGCACGCUCCUCUUAACCUCGCUCCAACUGCGCCGUCGAGGGGCCCAAGUCACAUCUCCGCUCCUCCGCCUCCCCCUCCCCCUCCUCCUCCGCCCAUCGCACCGCCACCUCAAGCUACGCCGCCAACUCAGCCGGAGAGGGACAGCCGGCACGUUGUGGGCGGCCGGCUGGGUCUGACGAAGGAGGUUCUGUCGGCGCACACCCAGCAGGAGGAGCAGGCCUUCCUCGACCGAUUCAAGGACCUCAGCAAGCUGCGCGUGUUCGAUCAGACGGCGUCUUCGACCGUGCGCUGCCACACGCCCGCCGGCAACCCUCUGGCGCGAGGGGUGCGUUGCUCUCGUGACUACCCGGCCGCAGGGGGCGGCUCCAGUCACAGACGCGGUCGUGGCGGUAAAAGGCUCAAGCACCAGGAGUCGCCCGAGCAGCACAGCUCUCUGGGGCUCGCCGGGAUGCACCGAGACCCCAGAACCAGACCGGCGGCCGGCCCGCUCAACAUGCCGCUCGGAGCCCCCACAAACUCCUCCUCCUGGCCGUCCGUUUGCUCUCAGCCCAGCAUUCCCUCGGCGCCGUUUGCACCCGGCAUGGUUCCCAUCUACCCGGUCUACCCACCGCUCGCUCAGCCCUUAACAGUCCCAGACCCAUCACGUUUCCCCCCUGCCCAGAUUGUGCCCCCCAUGAUGGCGUUGGUUCUCCCCAACUACAUGUUCCCUCAAAUGGGGGCGCCCAUAUCUCAGCAGUUCUUCAGUCAAAACUUUAAUUAUCCCAGCUCCGCCCCGGCCCCGGCCCCGGCGCCGGUCCCUGCGCCCGUUUGCAACCCGGUCUCCAUUCCUGGCAUGGGCGCAGCAUCUCGUAGCAGCACUCCCCAGUCCUGCACUCAGGCGCCUGCUGACCGCGAGGGCGCAGAGUCGCCCCUCUUCCAGUCCCGAUGCAGCUCCCCCCUCAAUUUGUUGCAGCUGGAGGAGUCACCGAGCAACCGGUUAGAGGUCGCCACCGUGCUGGCGGCCUCACAGCAAGACACGCCCUCCGUGCAGGGGGCUCCAGCAGGGGUGCAGGGCUCGGCCAAUCAGAGGAACGCAGAUGACAACGCCAAGGAGAAUGAGAAUGUGGAGACCAACGAGUCCAACAACGACGCCAUGUCGACUUCCAGCGAUCUGCUGGACCUGCUGCUGCAGGAAGACUCGCGCUCGGGAACCGGCUCCGCCGCGUCUGGAUCGGGGUCGUCGGGCACCGGGUCCUCGGGUUCUGGCUCCGGCUCCAACGGAUGCUGCUCCUCUGGCACCAGUGGCACCAGUAGCAGCCAGGGCAGCCACACCAGCAAAUAUUUUGGCAGCAUCGACUCAUUAGAAAACGACCACGCCCGCAAGCAGCCAGCGGGGGGCGGCGGAGGCGCUGGGGGGGACGGUGGCGAGGAGCAGUUCAUCAAGUGUGUCCUGCAGGACCCCAUUUGGCUCCUGAUGGCCAACACAGACGACAAGGUCAUGAUGACCUACCAGCUGCCUCUCAGAGACGUGGAGGCGGUGCUGCGUGAGGAUCGCGAGGCGCUGAGGAGCAUGCAGAAGCAUCAGCCUCGCUUCACAGAAGAACAGAAGAGGGAGCUCAGUCAGGUGCACCCUUGGGUGCGCACGGGACGCCUGCCCAGAGCCAUCAACAUCUCUGGCUGCGGAGACUGCAAGUCUCCCACGUCGCUCCCCCACGCCGCUCCCUUCGACGUGGAGAUCCACGAGAUGGAACUGUGCACCGCGCUGCAGCCGCAAAAGAAGGGAGCCGCAAAGGUCAAGGGAAGCUCGUCGGAGGCGGCCAUGGAUGAGGACGACGAGGAAGACGAGGGGGGACAGCAAGGAGGCCAAACACACGAAAGCGGCCAAGUGGCAACUGCAGACAAACUCAGAGCGACGUCGGGGGCGGCGGAAGAGAACGCUCGUCCGUCACAGUCUGACAUGAGUCACUGAGUCGGCGGCCAAAGACGCAAACAUAAACAUACUACUUUGUAUCACUCUUAACGAGCGCCUUCUUGAAGUCAACACACAAUGACAUCAUGAGGAUGGAGACAGUCGCCGUGUUUCAGAGCACUCAGGUUUUGGACUCCCGACGACAACAACAAAGUGAGACGUCGUGGGAGCCAUAUUUAUUUCAUGUGGAAGACGCGUCACAAAAAAGGCACCUACUACGUACGGAUGGACAUGCUUCACCGAUGUUCUGCGUGACCUUCACCUCUGUGAAUGUGGCUGGGAUCCGGCUUCUCUAUCGCUGACGAUCACGUCGGCUGCUUGUGUAAAUAAAUAGGACGCUAAAUGUACAGCGCAGUGGAAGACGGGCUGACUUUAAUUUUGUAAAAAUGUGUAUAUUUUUAUAUAUAUUCAUCCCCUGCAAAUCGAGAGUGGUGCGGUAAAAAGAAAGGGAGAAUGUGUGGCAAAGUGCUUCUUUUGCGAGAGGCCUAAAACAAAACAAAAAACUCCUGAUCACUUUUUCCCUCUUUGUCACUCUCUGGCACUGUCGUGGUCAUGUGAUAUUCUGCUUCAUGGCGUCGCUGGUGUGCAGCAGUUGGUGAAUAUUUUUGUGAAAUUCUUUGUACAAAAAAACAAAAACAAAAAAAAAUGACAAUAAAAGGACUUUAAAAUGUGA